AUGGAAGGCGAUGCCGCUCGGUUGAUGACCCUCGAGACCCAAGACGGCGUGGCGUUGCAAGGGUACUCGUUUGGGGCCGCCACCCCUGCCUCCGGUGAGGUGGUGUUCCAGACGGGGAUGGUGGGCUACCCCGAGUCGCUCACCGACCCUUCGUACGAAGGCCAGAUCCUCGUGAUCACCUACCCCCUCGUCGGCAACUACGGCGUCCCCGACCGCCACCUCAUGGACGACGACUACUCCCCCGCCCUCCCCAAGUACUUUGAGCUGAGCAAGAUCCACGUCGCCGGGGUCGUCGUCGCCCACUACACCGAGGAGUACUCCCACUACCUCGCCAAGCUGUCGUUGGGCCAGUGGUUGAAGGAACAGGGCGUGCCUGCCAUCUACGGGGUCGACACCAGACAACUUACUAAGCGGUUGCGUGACAACGGGUCUACUCUUGGUCGUUUGUGCUUGGCUAAGGAAGACGUCGACCCGGCGCUGUUGACGUUGGACACCUGGAAACCCCACUUCGACAUCCCCGAAUGGGACGACCCCAACGUCAAAAACCUCGUGGCGAAAGUGCUGACCACCAAGCCGGUGUUGUACAAGCCUGAAGGUCCUGUCAAGACCGACAAAAACGGCAACCCGUUGCGCAUCCUCGCCGUCGAUGUCGGGAUGAAGUACAACCAGAUCCGCUGCUUUGUCCGCCGCGGCGUCGAGCUUUUGGUGGUGCCCUGGGACUACGACUUCACCCAGGAAAAGUACCACGGGCUCUUCAUUUCCAAUGGGCCCGGUGACCCCCAGGUGAUGACGCUGACCGUCGACCGCUUGGCCAAAGUGUUGCAGGAAGCCAAGACCCCCGUGUUCGGUAUCUGUUUGGGCCACCAGUUGAUGGCGCGGGCCCUGGGGGCGCUGACGUUGAAGCUCAAGUUCGGUAACCGUGGCCACAACAUCCCCUGCACCAACACCAUCUCUGGUCGUUGUUACAUCACCUCGCAAAACCACGGGUUCGCCGUCGACAAGCUGACCUUAACUGCGGGUUGGGAAGAGUUGUUCGUCAACGCCAACGACGGCUCCAACGAAGGGAUCUACCACACCCUGAAGCCGUUCUUCUCGGUGCAAUUCCACCCUGAGUCCACCCCGGGUCCCCGCGACACCGAGUUCUUGUUUGACACUUUCAUCGACGCCGUGGCCGACUUUGACGCCACCCAACAAUUGAAGCCGGUGGCGUUCCCCGGUGGCAACUGGGAAGACAACAAGAAGGCCCACCCCCGCGUCGACGCCAAGAAGGUGUUGGUGUUGGGCUCCGGCGGGUUGCUGAUUGGCCAGGCCGGUGAGUUCGACUACUCGGGUUCGCAAGCGAUCAAGGCGUUGAAGGAAGAAGGCAUCUACACCGUGUUGAUCAACCCCAACAUCGCCACCAUCCAAACGUCAAAGGGGUUGGCCGACAAGGUCUACUUUUUGCCCGUCACCCCCGAGUUUGUCCGCAAGGUGAUCAAGCACGAACGUCCCGACGGGAUCUACUGUACCUUCGGGGGUCAAACGGCGUUGCUGGUGGGUAUUGCUCUUAAAGACGAGUUCGAACUGUUGGGGGUUAAGGUGUUGGGUACCCCCAUCGACACCGUCAUCACCACCGAAGACAGAGAGUUGUUCGCGCUGGCGAUGCUUGAAAUCAACGAAAAGUGUGCCCGCUCGGAAGCCUGUAACAACAUCGACGAGGCCGUCGCCGCCGCCAACGCCAUCGGCUACCCGUUGAUCGUCAGAGCCGCGUUUGCCCUCGGUGGUUUGGGCUCGGGUUUCGCCGACAACGAACAACAGCUCAGAGACUUGUGCUCGAAGGCGUUCGCGGUGCUGCCCCAAGUGCUUGUGGAACGGUCGAUGAAGGGGUGGAAGGAAGUUGAAUACGAAGUGGUCCGUGACGCCUACGACAACUGUAUCACCGUGUGUAACAUGGAAAACUUCGACCCGUUGGGGAUCCACACCGGGGACUCGAUCGUCGUUGCCCCCUCGCAAACCCUUUCCGACGAGGACUACAACAUGUUGAGAACCACCGCUGUCAACGUCAUUCGCCACUUGGGUGUGGUCGGUGAAUGUAACAUCCAGUACGCGUUGAACCCGUUCUCGAAGGAAUACUGCAUUAUCGAAGUCAACGCCCGGUUGCUGAGAUCGUCGGCCCUCGCCUCUAAGGCUACCGGUUACCCCCUUGCUUACACCGCCGCUAAGUUGGGUCUCAACAUCCCCUUGAACGAGAUCAAGAACUCCGUCACCAAGAAGACUUGUGCCUGCUUCGAGCCGUCGUUGGACUACGUCGUCGUCAAGAUCCCCCGCUGGGACUUGAAGAAGUUUACUCGGGUGCUGUCGCUUUUGCUGUCGCUGAUGAAGUCUGUGGGUGAAGUGAUGGCCAUUGGUCGUACCUUUGAAGAAGCCAUCCAGAAGGCGAUUCGCUCGACUGACUACCACAACUUGGGUUUCAACAAGACCGAAGGCGCCUUGAUGCUGAUUGACAUUGAUACCGAGUUGCAAACGCCCUCCGACCAACGUCUCUACGCCAUCGCCAACGCCCUCGCCGACGGCUACUCGGUGGACAAGGUGUGGCGUCUCACCAACAUCGACAAGUGGUUCCUCAACAAGUUGGACGGCCUCAUCAAGUUCGGUAACAAGAUUGCUGGUUUUGGUUCCCUCGAACAAUUGCCCCCCGCCAUCCUUAAGCAGGCGAAGCAAUUGGGCUUUGAAGACCGUCAAGUGGCUAAGUUCCUCAACCUGAACGAAGUCGCUGUUCGUCGGGUGCGUAAGGAAAACGGCAUCAUCCCCUUCGUCAAGCAAAUCGAUACCGUCGCCGCCGAGUUCCCCUGUUACACCAACUACUUGUACAUCACCUACAACGCCGACUCCAGUGACGUCGACUUCAACGACCACGGGGUCAUCGUCCUCGGUUCCGGGGUCUACCGUAUUGGGUCGUCGGUGGAAUUCGACUGGUGUGCCGUGCGUGCCAUCCGUACUUUGCGUGAAAACGGGUGCAAGACGAUCAUGAUCAACUACAACCCCGAAACCGUGUCCACUGACUACGACGAAGCCGACCGCUUGUACUUUGAAACCAUCAACUUGGAACGGGUGUUGGACAUCUACGACCUCGAAGAGCUGGCGGGGGUCAUCAUCUCCAUGGGUGGUCAAACCUCCAACAACAUCGCCCUCUCGUUGCACCGUCAAAACGUCAAGAUCUUGGGGACGCUGCCGGAAAUGAUCGACUCGGCGGAAAACCGGUACAAGUUCUCGCGGAUGUUGGACCAAAUCGGCGUCGACCAGCCGGCGUGGAAGGAGUUGACCUCGAUCGCCGAAGCCGAAGAGUUUGCGGAAAAGGUGCUGUACCCCGUGCUUGUGCGCCCUUCGUACGUGCUUUCCGGUGCCGCCAUGAACACCGUGUACUCGCGGGCCGACUUGGCGCUGUACUUGUCGCAAGCUGUGGAUGUGUCGCCUGACUACCCCGUUGUCAUCACCAAGUACAUUGAGAACGCUAAGGAAAUCGAAAUGGACGCUGUGGCUAAGGACGGGAAGAUGAUCAUGCACGUGGUGUCGGAACACGUCGAAAACGCCGGUGUCCACUCCGGUGACGCCACCCUCGUCGUGCCUCCUCAAGACUUGGACCCUAAGACCGUUGAACGCAUUGUUGAAGCUACUGCUAAGAUCGGGAAGGCCUUGGACAUCACUGGUCCUUACAACAUCCAGUUCAUCGCCAAGGACAACGACAUUAAGGUCAUCGAGUGUAACGUGCGGGCGUCGCGGUCGUUCCCCUUCAUCUCCAAGGUGGUGGGCACCGACUUGAUUGAAAUGGCCACCAAGGCGAUCAUGGACAUGCCCGUGACUCCCUACCCCGGGGAAAAGUUGCCUGAAGACUACGUUGCCGUCAAGGUGCCGCAAUUCUCGUUCUCGCGGUUGGCUGGUGCCGACCCCGUUCUCGGGGUGGAAAUGGCCUCUACCGGUGAAGUCGCCUGUUUCGGCCACAACAAGUACGAAGCCUACCUCAAGUCGUUGAUCUCCACCGGGUUCAAGUUGCCGAAGAAGAAUGUGUUGUUCUCGAUUGGUUCCUACAAGGAAAAGCAAGAACUCUUGCCGCUGAUUGCUAAGUUGCACGAAAUGGGGUACAAGAUCUUCGCCACCGCCGGUACUCUGGACUUCAUCAAGGACCACGGCAUCCCCGUCCAAUACCUUGAAGUGUUGCCUAAGGACUCCGAAGACGAACAGAAGCUGGAAUACUCGUUGUCGCAACACUUGGCCAACAACUUGAUCGACCUUUACAUCAACUUGCCCUCGGCCAACCGUUUCCGUCGUCCCGCUUCGUACAUGUCUAAGGGUUACGAGCUGAGACGUAUGGCUGUCGACUACCUGGUGCCCCUUGUCACUAACGUCAAGUGUGCCAAGUUGUUGGUGGAAGCCAUCGCCCGCAACAUCGAGUUGGAAGUGGGUGCCAUCGACUUCCAGCUGCUGCUGAAGACCGCCACCAUCCCCGGUCUCGUCGACGUCGCCACUCAGUUGUCGCUGGGCGCCGACGCCGCUGCUGUCACCAAGGACGCGUUGCUGGCGGGUAUCACUUUCACCCAGUUCCCGCUCUCGACCUCGGUCGACAUCGACGACCUGUACACCGACUACUCGGUGGCGCUGACCAACACCGACGUCGCCUACUUGCCUCUCCACUCGAUCAAGGACGACUUGAUGGCGUUGGGCCACAACUUGGGCGACAACCCUCGCUUCCCUAUCUUGUCGGACGCUAAGGGCACCCACUUGGCGGCGGUGCUCUUGUUGGCGCUGUUGCACAACCGCGCCGUCCACAUCACCGGCGUCGUCUCCCAAGCCGACUUGAAGGUGGUGCUGUUGGCUAAGCAGCGCUUGCAAGUGACCUGCGACGUCAAGAUCGCCGACUUGUUCGCUGAAGGCAACGCUUACUUGUGGGACCACUUGGACGACAUCGACUGCUUCUCCAUCGGCACCAACCACUCCCAGGCGAUGAACCAAGUGUACACUGCCAUCAACAAGGGUAAGCUCUCGGUGGCCCAAGUGGUGGAAAAGUUGCACGACCGCCCCGUCGCCAUCUUUGGCUUCCCUAAGCAAGACGCCGUCGUUGAAGUCGACCUCGAACGCCCCGCCGUUGACCGGGUGCUGGUUGACGGCGAAACCGUGUGCUUGGACCACGAAGUCGUCAUCGACGCCCACGGCCAAGCCCAGGCCCACGGCCCCAUCCGCAAGCUGCUGAUUGUCGACAAGCGUCUGUCGCUGUUCUCGCUGGACCGUCGCCCUCUGGUGGUGGCGCCCCAACCCAAGGACGACUUGGAACGCUUGGGCUCGGAAUUGGUGCUGGCUCAGCCUCUGUUCACCACUGACGGCCGGGACGACGGGUUGAGAGCCUACUUGCGCCGCAACAACCGCUUCGUGCGCGACCUGGUGUUGCUGGUCAAGGAAUUUUCUCGCCUGGACUUGCACACUUUGUUCACCGUCGCCCAGGAAAUGAGACUUGCCGUUGAACGUGAAGGCGUCCUCGACUUGCUCAAGGGCCGCGUGCUCGCCACCAUAUUCUACGAGCCUCUGACCCGCACCUGCUCGCUGUUCGACGCCGCCAUGCAACGUCUUGGUGGUCGUGUGGUCCUGGUGGACGCCCUGCUGCUGCUGGUGAAGAAGGGUGAGACUCUCCAAGACACCAUCCGCACCUUGGCCUGCUACGCCGACGCCAUCGUGUUGAGACACCCUCUGGAAGACUCCGCUGACAUUGCUGCCAAGUACUCGCCGGUGCCCAUCAUUAACGGUGGCAACGGUACCAAGGAACACCCUACUCAAGCCUUGCUCGACUUGUUCACCAUCCGUGAAGAAUUGGGCUCGGUGAACGGCAUCACUGUCACCUUCAUGGGUGACUUGAAGAACGGCAGACCCGUGCACUCGUUGUGCCACUUGUUGAAACACUACCAGUGCCGCGUGCAAUUGGUGUCACCGAGAGAAUUGCUGUUGCCCGACGACAUCCGCGAAAUGUUGGUCCGCAACAACAUGUUGGUGCUGGAGCUGGAAAAGUUGACCGACGACAUCGUCGCCAAGACCGACGUGUUGUACUGCACUCGGGUCCAAGCUGAACGCUUCGAAGACCCCGCUCAGUACGAACGUUUGAAGGACACCUACGUCGUCAACAACCGCAUCUUGACCGCCGCCAAGCAACACAUGUGUGUGAUGCACCCCUUGCCUCGUACCAACGAGAUCAGCGAGGAAGUUGACUUUGACCAAAGAGCCGCUUACUUCCGCCAAAUGCGUUACGGCUUGUUCGUGAGAAUGGCGCUCUUGGCCAUGGUCAUUGGCAUUGACUUUUAA